UGAGAUCGGACCUAUAAAACCCUCCCAAGUCUGAUCUGAUCUCUCUUCCCUGUUGUAACACAAAGUCACAACUCACAAAUACAUAUCAUCGUCCUCGUCAUCAACCCCCUUCCCAACCUCUCUCUAGAUCUCCCAAUCUCUUUUCACCUCUCCGUCGCCGGUGAACGACCAACCGAACCCAGCGAUGACAGACAAGAAAUCAAGUGGCUACGAGACGACGUCGUGGGCGGACCAGUGGGACUACACCAACAACAACUCGUCGUACCCUAUGGACGUCAAAGGCGGCGAGCCGGGAACCGCCGCCAAGUGCAAGCAGAAGGUCGGCGAGGGGCUCGAGAAGACCAAGGCCGUGGCCUCCACCGGAGCCAAGAAGGUCAAGGACGGCGCCGCCUCCGGUUUCCAGUGGAUCAAGGACAAGUACCACAAGACCACUCAAAAACGCUGAUGCGCGCAUGCGUGAUGAUCGAUCAUGAUUUAUAGUAAUCUUUAUCAUUUCUUCCAUCUUAUGAUCUAUCAAAAACAUUAUUCCCAGACACAGAUCGCUAGGGUUGUUUUGAACUUUUGAUUAGUUCUUAGUUUUUUCGUUUAUGAUGAUUUUUGUUGUGUUGUU